UCUAUCCUGCGGGACACAGGGCAGGGAGACCUCGCAGACAUGCUGACUGAGGAGUGUGGACGCCCGUCGGCACCACCACAGCGGGUAGACCUGAGGCCUGUCGAGCUGGAGUUACGUGGAGAAGAACAUCAUAAAAAUGUGAACCUUCCAGAACGUUUGUCCAUCCCAGUGCAAGCAGAGAGUGAAAGACCUCGGGUGCCUCCUGUGCCAGUCCAGGGUUCGGCUGUUGACAAGUGGAACCGUGAUCUGGUUUACCAGCUGCGAGCGGAUCCAUGUGGGCGCUGCCUGAUCCUCAACAACAUCAACUUCGCGCCAGGCUCGGGUCUUUCCACUCGCCGCGGCUCCGACGUGGACUCGGAGAAGCUGGAGAAGCGCUUCAGGGCCUUGAGCUUUGAUGUCCUGACUCAGAGGGAUCUGGAAGCUCAGGUGAGGCCACUAAGCCGGCGGGACCACAGCGCCCUGGACUGCUGCAUCGUGGUCAUCCUCUCCCAUGGCUGUCAGACAAGCCAUAUUCAGUUUCCUGGAGGCGUUUACGGAACAGAUGGAAAACCCAUUCCAAUAGAAAAGAUUGUGAACUAUUUCAAUGGGUCCAAUUGCCCGAGUUUGAGAGGAAAACCCAAACUCUUCUUCAUCCAGGCCUGUGGUGGAGCGCAAAGAGAUCGAGGCUUUGUAGUAGAUUCCAAUUCGCCUGGAGACGAAGCUCCCAGAGGUUCUGUGGAGCCAGAUGCGACUCCUUCCCAGGCUCCAUCAAGUAACAUGGAUGAGCCAGAUGCUGUAGCCAGUUUGCCCACUCCCAGUGACAUCUUGGUCUCCUACUCAACUUUUCCAGGUUUUGUCUCCUGGAGGGAGUUUUCGAGUGGCUCAUGGUAUGUGGAAACACUGGACAGUGUGCUGGAGCAAUAUGCCCCUUCAGAAGACCUGNCACUCUCCUGUUCUCAGGUGGCCAACGCUGUCUCUGCUAAGGGGAAGUACAAGCAGAUCCCAGGCUGUUUCAACUUCCUCCGAAAGAAAUUCUUCUUCAAGUGCAAAUGA